ACUAAAGAUUCAUUAAUGCUUCUAUACUAACAUGUUCAUGUUUUAAUUUUUGAAAAUAUCAAUUUUUCAAACAAUUAUGCAAGCUACAGAGGAAAGGCUUACAAGAGAUUUUGAACAUGGUGUAAGUAAAUUCUGUCUGGCGUGGAUCUUCGUAGGAUGGUUCUAGUAAUGCAGUUAAACAUAGAUCCUCGUAAUACAGAUAAUAUUAUCGGUUGUCGAAUCGUCUAUGUGAUGUAAUUUUGAAGGCUACGCUCAAUUAAUUUAAGUGAAAAUAUAUGACCAUUGGUAGAAAGUUUCCUUGUAAUUAUUCGAUGCUUUGUGAAAAUUUAAAGAGACUUCCAAUACAAUGAUUUGUCCUUCUUUUAUUGGAAAAAUGCUAACUUUCUAAUGUAAAGUAAUUAAUCGAUAAUGAUAGUCAUCUGGUCAAAAGCUUUCCUUUCUCCAGUGAUCCCUUUUCAAAGGAUUUCAGCCACUCAUUUUUCCCCGAUGUGGGUCAACCUUCUAUUAGUUAGAUGUAAGAUCUCGGUCAAUGUCAAAUGCAUGUAUAUGAUCUUUCUGCAAAGAAAAAAAAAGGUUUAAUACUUUAUUGUUUUUACGUUAAUAAUUUGUUCUUCUUUCCAAUCUUAUGAAUAUUUAUGCUGAUAAAAGAACAUGCAAGAAACUAUUGAAUUAUAUAUGGUUAAUACCAAAUGCCUGUGUCUAGAAGUGAUAAAAACGCAAACGUAGAAAGGUUAAAGUAUGGUACGAUCGGCAAAUACAUAGAUGCAAAUCAUCACAAAAUGUAAGACUAUAUGUAACUAAGGUUCUACCCUUUUUUUUGAGGAAUUGCUCCCUUUGUUUUGCAAGUUCUGAAGGCUGAAGCUCUCACACUUCUCCUUGAUCACAUUUCAUUAGACUAUCAUCUGCUUCAGGGAGAAAAGCUAAAUAAUAGAACUUUAGUGAUCAAUAACAUCAGUUUGCCCAACUUCUUAUCAUCAACACAGUGUCUCAUUUACGCAUUUGAACCAACGUCAUUGUUUUCUUAGGGUUCCUUCUAUCCACACAAUCUCUAGUGAAUUGAUUUUAGAGGGAAAUAUUUUCUUUACAUCUUAAUCAUCCACACCACUCAAUAAAAUCAUAUUGAGCAGUAUCAUGUUGGUUUAGAUAUUGCAUACAUAGAUAUAUAACUCACACAUAUAGUGAAAAGAUAAGAAAGUAUGUAAAUCAAUUUUAUAAAACAUAAUGGACUUUAAUCUUAUAACACUAUUAUAUGUUCAAAAUAUUAAACAUUAUAUAUAAAUUAACAAUUUAAGCAAGAAAACAAGAGUAGCGCAGGGGAUGUAUCUUUUGUAGAUUUUGGAAGUCGUACUUAAUGGGUCUAGGUUACAAAGUACUGCAUUAGAGACAUUUAUUCGAACAGCAUUUUCCUCUCAAACGAAAAGUCAAUAUUCCUAGCUCCUAUCGUUAACCCUCAUUUUCUAGGAUCCUUCUUCAUCAGUGUUUCAUGUGUCUCAUGUGUCCAAGGUCGCUUCUUCUCUCGCCUCUGAUGUAGUUAUGAAGGAUUCUAUCUCGCAUGCCUCAAGCGAAUAUCUCCUCUUCAAUAGAGGUUCUACCUGGUUUUACUAGCUCAUUAUCAGAGCCAGUGGGUUCUACUCCAACUGUUUUGGAGUUGCGAAGAACGGUGGUGUUCGUUAAUUGACCAUCCCCUAUCCGUCUGUUACUUUCGGCACUAUUCUAGAGGUAGUCACUCCAACUGAGAAAUCUCAAUUCUCUGCAGCUUCUACUUUUAGUUGGACAGAGCGCUCAAAGUCAGCAAUUAAAUUCCCAAAGUCUAUGGUUUCAGUUACUUUGACGAAAUUUGGGAUUUUCUACCAUAAUCUACCUUAUGGUAAAAUUUGGAUGUUCUAAACUUCCUCUAUGGAAAAGAUAGGACGGUUACUAUUCAUAAUCUCUCAGCAAAUGCUUAUCUCUUCCAUAUACUGUCUGAAUCUCUAAGGCAGAGGGUUCUUCAACAUGAGCUUUUGAAAGUUAGGACUCACCCUUUUUGUGACAAAAAGGAAAGCUUCAUUCACUUUUGAUCCUCCAUCGCUUCAAAAAGCUCAUGUCUGGGUAAAGGUUUCAAAUGUUCUUUUUGAUCUUCUUACUGAUGAAGGAUUACCGAUUAUCUCCAAAACUAUUGGUGUAAUAGUGAAUGCCAAACCUUUCACUUCAGUAUCUUCAACUGAGAUCAAGGUUGUAGUUGAUUUGAUGCAGCCCUUGCUGAAAAAGUUGCAGUUGAACGAGAAGAUGGUGGUAUUCAAGUUAUCUCAGUCACAUCCGUGGCUGCCACCUUUAUUUCAUGUAUGUAACACGCUUGAUCAUAAAUACCAGCUUUCUCCAUUGGCUCCGAAAGUUUUUGUAGACAAAGAAAAAUCCCUAAGGAAUAAGAUAAAUCAUCUUUUAAGCAAAAUAGGCAUGUUCCAAGCUUUGUCCAUUGGCUUAGAAAGUUUUUGUGGACAAAGAUAAACCUCUAUGGAAUCAGAUAAAUCAUCUUUUAAGCAAAAGAGGCAGGCGGGUGCUGCUUAUGUGCCAUAGAAGAAUUAUGGGCUUCAAAUCUCUAGAGAUGGAUAUGCUGCAUUCUUGGUUUUAAAAAGCGACCGCUUCGCUCGCCAUGGCGAGUAGCGACCUGAGGCGACCUCCAAAACGACUCAGGACUAAGAGCUAAGGGAGAAGGUGUGCGCUGGAAUAGCUAGGUGGUUCUAUGAUGCGGGUAUUCCGUUCAAUGCUGUCACCUAUGACUCUUUCAAAGAGAUGACAGAGUUCAUUGGACAGUAUGGAAUGGGUUUAAAACCACCUAGUAUGCAUGACACUCAUACCAUGCUGCUUCAACACAAGAACGAUUGGGCUGCUAAAGGGUGCUCUAUCAUGUCAGAUGGAUGGCGUGACUCAGUGGUCCAAAAGGACAUAGUUAACUUUCUAGUUAACUCUCCCAAGGGCUCUGUUUUCAUGAAGUCUAAGGAGGUCUCAGAAGUGGUGAAAGAUGCAACAAUGCUGUUCAAGCUGCUUGAUGAGAUGGUUGAAGAAGUUGGUGAGAAGAAUGUGGUUCAAGUGAUCACAGACAAUGCUUCUAAUUAUGUGAAAGCAGGUACUGUCUAUCUAAUCUACUUUUUUUCUAGAUUACAUUCUAAAUGUUUUUAAUGUUAAACCGAGAUAGAUCAUUUAUCUAAUGAAAAACAAUUUGAAAUUUCAUGGAAGUUGCUAGAGGCUAAACGACCAAACCUCUAUUGGACUCCUUGUGCAGCAUACUGUCUUGAUCUUAUGCUAGAAGACAUUGGGAAGUUGGAGUAAGAAUGCGUUGAAGAAGUGUAUCUUCAUGAAUGGAUACAUCUUUUGUCGUGUGCCUCAGGUGAAUAUGAUGAGGAGAUUCACCAAUCAACACAAUCUUCAUCGGCCAGCUGUAACGAGGUUUACCACUUCGUUUAUCACCAUGUCACAGUUCCACAUUCAGCAAUCAAACCUGAAAAAGAUGGUCACAUCUGAUGAAGGGAAGCAGGGGCAAAGAAACUGAAGCAAUACAUUCUACAAGAAAGCUUCUGGAGGAAUGUUAGCUACACCCUCAAGCUCACUGGUCCACAGGUGAAGGUGCUUAGGAUGGUGGAUGGUGAUAAGAAGCCGGCUAUGGGAUACAUAUAUGCGGCUAUGGACAGAGCUGAAGAAUCUAUUGCAAGGAGUUUCAAGAUGAAGCAAGAGAAAUAUGAGAAUGUGUUUGAGAUCAUUGACAGAAGGUGGAAUUGUCAGCUUCACCAGCCUCUUCACGCAGCUGGAUACUUCCUAAAUCCAGCUAUCCAUUACGCCAAUCCUGAGGACGUUUGUUGUGAGGAAGUUGAGACCGGUUUGUACAACUGUAUCAACAGGCUUGUCCCGGACAGUGAGAUUCAAGACAAGGUGAUGCUGGAGCUUGAUAUGUUUAAGAAUGCUGCUGGUCUCUUUGGCCAUAACAUGGCAAUAAGGCAAAGAGAGAUGAAAGCACCAGCUGAUUGGUGGUCUACUUAUGAAUCAUCAGCUCCUAAUCUAAGAGACUUUGCUGUGAAAGUACUUAGCUUAACUUGCACUGCGUCUGGAUGUGAAAGAAACUGGGGUGUUUUUGAGCUUCUUCACACAAAGAGGAGGAACCGUUUAGCUCAACAUCGUUUGAAUGACAUGGUAUUUGUCAAGUACAAUAGAGCUUUGCAGCGUCGCAUGAAGAGAAGUGACGCAACGGAUCCUAGUAUCCUAGAGGAGAUUGAUGAAAGCAAUGAAUGGUUGAUGGGAAGAAUGGAUGGGAACUCUGACAGUGAUGAACUAGAUGAUCUUGUCUUCGAGAAUGAAGAUCUGACAUUGAGUGCUGUGAGUGAAGCCACUGGAGCUGAGGAACCAACCUACUCUACUAGAGGAACAAAAGCUUCAGCUGCUGAGAAGUGAAAAGGGAUAGCAUCUUCUUCAACUCAAACAAGAGAGAAACGAUACCUCUGUUCUAUCUCUUGUUGAUAUUGAUGAGGAUGAACCGGAAAUUGAUUUGGAACUACAAGCAGGUGGUUUCGGUCAAGAUGAGGAAUGGGAGUUUCCAGAUGACUCUGAAACUGAGUUUUAGAGUGUUGAUGUUAUGUGUCCUGCUUUGAAUUGUUUUUCUUUACUUUGGAUUAUGUUUUGGUUUUGGUUUUAUGCUUUUCAUUUGGUGUUUGUACGUUUAAGUUAUCAAUAAAACUGGUUUUUGGUUUUCUAUUUACUAUGUUUUUUUUCAAAGUUUCAUAUAAUUGAUGAUAUUAGGAAUAGAAGGUACCUUUUGAGCGGCUGAUACGCGAUGCGAUCGCCAUGAAAUGCGAGUGGCGAGUGGCGAGUGUCAAGCCUCCUUUCGCCAAUCCUCGCCACACGACAUUUAAAACCAAGGCUGCAUUGAAACUAAACGAGGUUACCUCAGUGAGUCAGAACCAGCUUUGUGCUUCUGAUUUAGCCUCCUCCUCUCAUUCUUAAGAAGAAGGUUGAUGAAGAUCCUCCCUUCACUAUUGUCUCAAAUGCAGCUCUUUCAAGGGUGCUAAUGUCCAAGGAAAAACAUGUAUUAUUGAUUUGUGUUAAUCCCUUUGCUUUGUUAAUUUCAUAUCAGGUAUCCAAUUCAUACCAGGUUUCAAGUGAUAAGGCUUCAGAUGGUCCAGAUUUUUUGGUGGUGUCCAACUUCAUCUGUAAUAAAUAUUUUUGCUUGGCAUCUCAAGGCCUGUGGUAACUUGGCUCUUACCCAUUUGGUUUUUGCAGAUGACUUACUCAUACUACUAGAGGGGACAUAGAAAUUUUUGGUGGGAAUUUUCAUUGUGUUAUCCAUUUUGAAAAACUAUCUGGUCUCGCAAUAAAUAUCCAUAAAACAUUGAUGUUCUGUUUAGGUCUCUCUGAUUAUAUCCAGGGGAACAUUCCCCGUCGUUUCCUUCUUAAACCGGAAACCUUACCAGUCAAUUACUUGAGAUUACCUCUCUUCUCUACAAGAUCUAUCAGUAAAAUAUUGUGAUCAACUAAUUUCCCAAAUUAGAAAGAAGUACAAUAGCUGGAUGAAUAGACGCCUGAAUUAGAAAGAAGUAUCCUGAUUCGAUUUCUUUAUGCAGGAGCGUAAAUUCAAGUGUUGGGGUUUAUACCACAAGUAUAAGGAAGGAAUCGCUCCUCAUUAUCAUUUCUCAAAAGCUUAGUUUAGCCUUUUAUCCUUUUUUUUCUCCUAUUCUCUUGACAAUGUGGUUCAGAGCUCUUUUAUCCUUUUUUUCAUGUAUCCUUUGACACGGACAAUUUUUUUGCAGCUAGAUUCAUAUAACUACUCAUCAAAACCAAACAUUCUUUCGAGUUUGGUCAGAAUAAUAAUGUUACGCCCACUUGUCGUCGCA